AUGGACUUCGGUGUUGUCAUCAACAGAAUGAGGUUUAUGGUAGCACUUGCCUCAGAGAUUCGCUAUGCACGGUUCUGUAAUGAAGACCAUGAACUUCCUUUCAGUGGAGUUCAAGUCUUUCCUCUAACGCUUAUGAAGGAGAGUGGACCCCCGGGACGGACGCGUUGGGAGAGAAGGAUCCACGUCCCCAAAUGUGUCCCUGUCGCCCAGCCCGCGUCGCCUGCCGAGCCCGCGGAGGGGCAGCCGGGCGCCCCAGACCCGACCCCCGUCUCCGCCGAGCCCUCCGCCGCACUUGUCCCGCUGCGCGCCCCCUGGAGCGCCGCGCACCCCUGGGACCCUAGCACGCCCCGGGUGCCCAGCAUAACCCCAGGACCCCCGCGCGUCCCGGGACCUCGGCACUGCCCCAGGACCCCCGCGCACUGCUGGACCCCGACGCAGCUCCAGGACCCCCUUGUGCCCCAAGACUCCCACACGCUCUCAGAGUCCUGGGGACCGGCCAACCCGGCUGCGCUCCCUGGGUCCCCCGCGCCCCGCGGGCCCCGGCAGGAUGCUCGCCGCCCUGACCGGGCCGCUGCUCGCCGCCCUCCUCGCCGGCCGCCCGGAUCGCAGAGGGACCUGAACUCCUUCCUGUGGACAAUUCGACGCGACCCCCCAGCCUACCUGUUUGGCACCAUCCAUGUCCCCUACACUCGUGUCUGGGACUUCAUUCCGGACAACUCCAAGGCGGCCUUCCAGGCCAGCGCCCGCGUCUACUUCGAGCUGGACCUGACAGACCCCUACACCAUCUCGGCGCUGGCCAGCUGCCAGCUGCUGCCACACGGGGAGAACCUGCAGGACGUGCUGCCCCGCGAGCUCUACUGGCGCCUGAAGCGCCACCUGGACUACGUGAAGCUGAUGAUGCCCUCGUGGAUGACGCCGGCCCAGCGGGGAAAGGGACUGUAUGCCGACUACCUGUUCAACGCCAUCGCGGGCAACUGGGAGCGAAAGAGGCCCGUGUGGGUGAUGCUCAUGGUGAACUCGCUCACGGAGACGGACGUGCGCUCGCGUGGCGUGCCGGUGCUCGACCUCUACUUGGCCCAGCAGGCUGAGAAGAUGAGGAAGAGCACGGGCGCGGUGGAGCGGGUGGAGGAGCAGUGUCAUCCGCUCAACGGGCUCAACUUCUCCCAGGUGCUGUUUGCCCUGAACCAGACCCUGCUGCAGCAUGAGAGCGUGCGGGCCGGAAGCCUGCAGGCGCCCUACACCACAGAGGACCUCAUCAAGCACUACAACUGCGGAGACCUCAACGCCGUCAUCUUCAACCACGACACAUCCCAGCUGCCCAACUUUAUCAACACCACCCUCCCACCGCACGAGCAGGUGACGGCCCAGGAGAUUGACAGCUACUUCCGCCAGGAGCUCAUCUACAAGAGGAACGAGCGCAUGGGGAAGCGAGUCAUGGCGCUGCUGCAGGAGAACGAGGACAAGAUCUGCUUCUUUGCCUUCGGAGCAGGUCACUUCCUGGGGAACAACACAGUCAUCGAUGUCCUGCGACAGGCGGGGCUGGAGGUGGACCACACCCCCGCGGGGCAGGCUAUCCACAGCCCUGCCGCCGGGAGUCCAGCACCCUCUCCCCAGGGGACCUCACCGAGCCCAGCCCCAAUGACCUCAGCUACCGCCAUCCCUGCAGUGGCCUCAGCCACCCCCACCACCCCACCCGAGGAGGAGGACCCAGCAUUGUCCCCUCACCUCCUGCUCCCAGACAGCCUCAGCCAGCUGGAAGAGUUCGGGCGCCAGAAGAAGUGGCACAAGCGGCAGAAUAAACAGCAGCGGCCACGGCAGUUCAACGACCUGUGGGUCCGCAUUGAGGACAGCACCACCGCCUCGCCACCCCCGCUGCCCCUCCAGCCCACCCACAGCUCUGGGACGGCCAGGCCCCCCUUCCAGCUCUCGUCGGAGCAGCUCCAGCAGCAGGACUCACCAGGGCCCGCCAGCAGCUCAGCGCCCGGCCGCUCACGUCCCUCCUUGGGCUUCCUCCCAGCCAUCAUGGCCAAUGCCAUUGCCACCCUCGGCCUACUGCAUGCCCUCGGGGCCUGCUGACCUCGCCUUGCCUCCUCGUGCAGAGAAGCCAGGGAAAGCACAGGAGGGUCUGCAGCCACACCCCGACACCUCCAGGGCGGGUUAGAACACUAGAGCUUUAUCGUACCUGAGUUACAUCUUCUUUUUUGUAGAAGGAUCUUAAUUUCCCAUAGUGCUAUGGGGCUCUUUUGUAAAAUAUGUCCAUAUUAAAAGAGAAAAAUGUAUUUAUUCACUGAUAAAACUAUUUUUAUGUGGCCUAUGUUAUAACCCCUGAAUUAACCCCAGUGCCAACCCAGGAAGAAAGCCCAGGGUGCCAGGACCUCUGGUACUAUGGGCAGACUGUGGCUUCGAACUGGCUUGCUCUGGGGUCACCCAAGCCUCUUGGGCCCAGGUUUCCUUCUUCUUCUGUGGGGACCUCGAGCAGACAGGCUUAGCUUUUGUGAAGCUGGGUGGGAGCCCAAGGUGUGACACCCAACUGUCUUCCGCUCCGGAAGCAUCUCCUGGCUUGGGAAGAUAUUCUGGAAAGAGAAUGCUGCUAUUUUGAACCUCUUGGGUGUCUGCAGACAGGCCCUCCAGAACUCGUGGUAAGUGUUUUGACCAAAGCGGUAGGGAUGGGGCAGGGAUACUGAGGAUGAUAGUCCUCAGCCCCACGUAACAGACGACUAAGCUGACGUCCAGAGCUAGGCAGGACUGCCCGAGGUCAGGCGGCAGGCAGGAGAGCAAGACUGUGAGCCCAAACCGCUCCGUCCAGGGUCAUUAGUUCAGCCAGAGUCCAAGGAGCAGUGUCGGAGUCACGGCUAAGUACAGGGAGCGGGACUGAGGACAGGAGUGGCACCAAGGGCCACUUUAGGGACAGGGCUCCAGGAGUCACAUGGCAACAAGAGCCGCCGUUCCCAGUGGGGCGGGCGCUUUGCACUCACUUCCCCCCAGUCCUCCCACCACUUCUGUGAGUUGCGAUUAUCCCCAUUUCACAGAUGAGGAAACUGAGAGGUGAAGGGACUUACUCAAGGUCACCUGGCUGGGAUGUCCCCCCAGAUCACUGUGAAAAGUGAUGUUUGCCUCCUGGUCCGUGUUCUCCCACAGUCUCUCUGCCCAGAGAAGCUCCGAGGGAGGCAGAUGUCUGAAACUGGGACCGGCACACGCUUCUCACUCCAGACAAACAGGCUGUUUGAUCAGUAGCUGGCCAAGGGCUCUGGCAACAGAGUGUGCCACGUGGCCGUGCCCUGGCUUGUCAAGUCUUAGAGCCAAUGAGUGCUUGUUCUGCCAAAUCAGAGGCUGGGGGCAGGGCCCAGCUGUGGGGGACCUGGGAGACAGAGCCACCGACUGGGACAGGCAGUCACCUGAGACUCCAAGAGACUUCCCUCACCCCUCUGCUCCCCGACAUGGUGCCUGAGGACAUAGAGGACUGAGGUGGCUGACUUCCAGGCCAACCCUCAGAUGGGCUGGCAGCUCACUAAUGACAGAGGCCUCCAACCUAAGAGCUGAAAGGAUCCCACAGUGGACAGAUGAUAGAAAAGGUAAUAAGGCCAGAGAGGGAGAGAUACUUCCCCAAGACUGCACAGCUGGGCAGGUCUGCUGACUCCCAGCCCAGUGUUCCCCUGCCUCACGGCACCAGGGCUUCCCUGCAUGCUCACUGGUGGCAGCUGACUGGCCCCAGUGCCAACAGGCCCAGCCUGGCAGUUGACUCCCUUCUGAGACGGUAGAAUUCUGGGCAGCUCAUUGGAUGGUCAGAGGUCCCUGGCAUCUUGGCGGGCAGCUGAAUUCUUUUCAGCUCAGCCCAAUGGACGUGUUUGAGCAUGAGCCUGGUGGGAGCCCCAAGCUCUGCGUCAGUGGGCCCCGCCAGCCCCAUGGGCACCGUACUCUAAACUGCGCUUGACCUCAGCCAGGGCUGGAGUCGGUUUAUCCUUGGCAAAAAUGUGACUUCCUAUUUCUGAGCGGGAAGGGGCUUAGCUGACUUAUAAAGCAGGCUCAGAAGUUGGACAUCAAACGGAUCGUGCAGCGCGCUGUGGGAUGAGAUAAGUGUAAAGGAAUUAGAAACACACAGGCCAGACUCCCCCCUGCUCAGGGCAGAGCAUGGCAUGAGAUACAUUGAGAUGGAGCUUGAGGUUAAUUAAAGAUGACGCAUUUGGGUAUGUAGUCCAGGCACCUGACUGGGUGCCCAGAUCUGUGCCAGGCGUGGGGCCAAAAAGGUAAAUGAAGGCAGCGUGUAAUUACUGAGUACACACGGUGCCAGGCUCAGCCCUGGGGCUGGGUCUAACCACCUUUCUUGGCCUAGAGGAGCUCAUUAUCAAGAAGAGAUGAGUACCUCGACCCUAGGUUAUCCUAUCCGGGCCCCCAGCUUCAGGCUGAGUCAGCCCUCGUCUCUCAGGUCCCUCCUCUGGGCAGACCAGGAAAUUCCAGACUGUCCCUCCACCAAACAUCCACAUGUUCAGGGGAAGACGGAGGGACCAGCUGAUCAGGAGGGCCAAUGCCAACAGGAGAGCCAGAGCCAGCGUAGGUCAGACAUCUGGAGCCAAAGUGCACUGGUCCCUGACGACCGCCAGCCGGCCGGGGCCUGAAAGGAAUUCAGUUUGCUGACUUCAGUCCCAGAAAAGCCCGGGCACAUUCACAGGAACCGGCAUGGCUGGGGCACUUGACCUCUCUAGCUUGGCUCAGAGAACCACCAAUUCCGUAAGCAGCCACUCAGACCUGUGGAAUGAGCUGCCCUCCACUGUCGACUUUUCUUCCGGAAUGUUCUUUGUGCCUGUUCUCAUAAAACGUCCCUGUUCC